AUGGCUAGACCACUGGCUUCACCGUUACAAUGGCGUCAAUUACACCAAGCUCUCUGUCCGACAUCCCACGCCUUGCGUCACCAACGCGCGCAAGCUUGCACCGCUCGAGCUGUUCCCAAUAGUAACACAACUACGUUGAAACGACCCUUCCAUACCACUCAAACUCGAUCAGCUGUCAGGCCAUCUCGCAAAGCACCAUCUGUUCGAAAAGAAGCGAGGGAGGGGAUACCCCGGAAUGUGUUGGUAGCCCGAGGCGGAGUGAAACUAGACCGUGAUGGGUACUGGAAUAGUUAUUGUACUGCGCAUGUUGAACCAACGCUGGCCGAGUUUAAGCAAUUCACACGCCAACUUUAUGAGACUUAUCAGAACUUCAUACCGCCGGGUGUCAACGUGGCGACGUUCGGGUCUGUGGGUGAACAGUUGAUCAGGCUAUCGCACUCGCAGCUCCCUUCCGCAAGUCUUGUUCGGAGUAUCUCAAUAGAUGUUGACGCCGUUUAUCGAAUCGCGCUCAUUCUUGCGGAUCUUCAGAAAGGCCAGUUCGUUUAUCAAUGGGCGCUGACCAGCUGCGCAAAAGCGAAUUCGCGUCGAGCCCUUGUCGAACUCGUGAACCGGUAUAUCAGUACGGAAGGUGUGGACAUUUAUCAGAAUACCGAGUGCAUAGCGAAAGUCAAAGACUUGGCUCUCAAAGAUGAAUUCCCCCAUGCCAUUAUGCUAUAUGCCAAACUGCUCAUCUGGCGUGGUGAGAAUGCAGAAGCCGCCCGGCUUCUAGAGCAGAAAAUUCUACCAUAUCUGCAACCCACUCGCAAGUACCCUCCCCUUUGGGAGGAUAUAAAGAUGUUGAACAACUUUGAUUCGCCCUGGCGGAUGUACGCUGUUGCUGUUGAGAAGGAACAAGGUCUGGCAGGAAUCCAGAGGGCCACGCGCCGGGCCGCCCUGGAGUUCCACGACCCAGUCGCCAUGACCGACUAUGCUAUCUCGGUGUUGGAAACGGAGGCCGCCAAUAAAUACGAGGCGUACGAGUCGUACAUGGCCGCCGCUGCGUUGGCGGGACACACCCCAGCCUGCUUUCACCUUGCCAAUUUCUAUUACCGCACCUCUCAAGGCGAAUUUACCACCGAAGCAGAGAGAAACGCCAAGGAGAGGGAAGAGGCCAAUGCCGCGCGCAGCGCCUUGUUGAGACGAUUUGAACCCAUAGCAAAUUGGGUUUAUACGUUGUUCAACCAACCCAUGGAUCGCGAGACAUACCGCAUGCUCGCGAUGGAUUGGUACGAGCUUGCUUUUGAUAAAGGGAACAGUGAGGCCGGGUAUAUCCUGGCUAUGCUCUUCCGCGAGGAUGGCAAUAUGGAGAAGAGCCGUGAGGUGUACAAGCUUACUGCUGAAAAGGGACUUCCUACCUCAUUGUCCAAGAAAAGCCUAGUAGAGAUGAAGGAUAAGUGGGAAGACCAGACCUUCAACCCUGGUCUACCUCCUAAGCUCUUGAGACUUGCCUAG